AUGGGAGACACCAUGCCUAACUUGGAAGAAGUCUAUCUUGCUGGCAACAAAUUCUAUGGAACCAUCCCUAUUUCAUUUCCCAAUGCCUCGAAGCUUCAAAUUUUUGAGGUUUCACAAAACCAUUUCAUAGGUAAAAUUCCAGACAAUAUUGGAAAGCUAAAACAUCUUUUCUACUUGAAUCUUGAGUUGAAUCUUCUUGGAAAAAUCACACCUUCUUUGGCUUCAUUGAAAAGCAUUAAGCAUUUAGAUAUUUCAAACAACAAGUUGACUGGAGAGAUACCGAGAGAACUCCAAAAGGUUUCUCUCUUGAAAUAUUUAAACCUUUCUUUCAAUGAUCCAGAAGGAUCUCUUAUAGAUAUUUGCACCGAGCAACUCAAGGCUUCAAUGAAACAAAUUUUAUUGGUUCGGGAAGCUUUGGCUCUGUUUACAAAGGAAGAUGGUGGAGGGAGAAAUAAUGUUCUGAGUGUUCUUCAAAGGUUAAACAUUACAAUUGAUGUAGCUUCAGGGUUGUACUAUCUACACAAUGAUUGUGAGCCUCCUAUUAUUCAUUGUGAUCUAAAGCCAAGUAACAUUCUUCUUGACAAAGACUUAAUUGCUAAUGUUGGAGAUUUUGGGUUAGGAAGACUUUAUUCACGAACAAUUGAAGAUUCAUCACAAAAGAGUAGCACCCUCGGGUUAAAGGGGUCCAUUGGCUGUAUUGCACCAAAAUAUGGAACAGGAGGGAAUCCAUCAAUUUGCGGAGAUAUAUAUAGUUAUGGAAUCUUUUUAUUGAAAAUGUUCACUGCAAAAAGACCUACAUAUGACUUUUCUGGUGAUGAUUGUAGUAGUCUUUGUGAAUAUUUUGAGGCAGCAUUGCCAGAUGAUGUGAUGAGGAUUGUAGACCCGUUACUUCUAGUAUGCCAAGAAACAACCAUGGAAUAA